UCGCCUCAUCUCCGCCAUCUUCUCCUGUUUUCUGGCCGUAACUACUUCUGAAACAAAUAUUCUUUUUAUGUUUGCUACUCUUCAACUCAAUUACAUAUUAUGUAGGUGAAAACGCACAUUUCUAUGCAGAGAGAGGUUUUGUCUCCGAUACUUUGAGUUGACAACACGAGCAUAUCCCUCAGCAGCCAACUGACUUUUCACUUCACGUAUGUUGAAAGUCAUACUGCACUUCAGUUGUUGUUUUGACUGCGGAAGGGAUGGCGUUUCUCCACGGGUUUCGGAGAAUCACUCACGACUACCAACCUCUGGUGGACUCGAUCAUGGCCGUUUUUCGUACCGAGGAGGGAAGCGACACUCCUCAUGAGAGACCUCCUGAGGAGAUUGAGGCGAUGUGCAGUUCUCUCGUUCAGAUUCUUGAGCAAGAAUCGCAGUCUGAGUUCUUCACUGAUGGAAUCAGCUGCGCUCUUUAUAAGAUAGCAGAGCAAGGCAUAGUCGAGGCUGCAGAAAUCCUUCUGCGAUAUGGAGCAGAUAUUAAUUUUGAAGAUCCAGUUUCCUACUACAACCCACUUCACGUCGCAGUUUUUAAUAAAAAGUCUGAGAUGAUAAAACUGCUUGUGGCAAAGGGAGCUGAUAUUGAAAAGAGGGACAGGGUGUAUGAGAGCAGUCCCUUGGAUCUCGCCUCUGAGGAGGAAGACAGACUGUCCUGCCUGCUCACUCUGUUGGAUCUGGGUGCCGACGUCAACGCGUCCGACAAACACGGGAAAACAGCUUUACUUCACGCCCUCUUCUGCGCCGUUGGACUCGUUGUGCACAACUCGGAGAACAUCAGGGUCUUACUGGAGCAAGAAGCUGACUGUCGAGGCCUUGAUGGGCUACAGCGAUACAGUCCGCUCCCCACGUACCUGCCCGUGAACUACAAGGUUCUAAAUGCUGACUUGGCGUUCUUUCUCAAGGAAAGUAACCAAGACUUUAUGAGGAACUCCAGUCUCAUGUCACGGACCGAGUCUUUUUUCAUCUACCAGUCCAGAAGUUUGCCAGUGGUCAACUCAAGCUACGGGCCCUUGUCCGUGCAGCAGCCGGUCCCGUUGGAGCUCCUUCAGAGCCCGGGCACUUUCCCCACGUCCUCACUUUUUACCUUUAACUGGAAGGUUCAGACGUUCAUCAUGAACACAAAGAUCCACCUGGCCAAGCCCAAAGUUCAGGUUCUGUUUUACGUGGUGGGCAGGGACUGGGACGACUACAGCGCCAUUGACAAGCUGCCCUGCGUGCACAUGUAUGCAUUCCAUGAGACCCAGGAGGUGCGGGGCACCUGUCAGCUGAAAGGGGAGCUGGGCUUGUGCGUUGCUGAGCUCGAGCCCCUGGCCAGCUGGUUCAGCCCGCCCAGCGUGGUGCCAGGACGCCAGAGGAACCUGGAUGUGACGGAAGGCACUCCAGUGGAGCUCUACUACAUGCUGCAGUCCACUGAAGCCGGGGAGUGCCACUCGGAGGAGGCCAGGAAGGACAGCUUCGUCCGGUCAAGCCAAGAGGGUUUGUUCGGCUCCUUCACUUCCACUCCUCUCAGAAGGAUUGGCGGUGUGCGGCUCUACCAGAACCCCAUCCCGCCACAGCUCGCUGAGCACCGGCUGGAUAAUAACUUUAUAGUGCUUGUUCCUGAGACUCCGAUGAGACAAAGAGAAACGGUGUCGGCUUUCAUCUCGGUGACUGCGCGCUCUCCUGUGGAGCUGUUUACACUCAGAGUCAAGUUGAAAGAAGGAGUGACGUUCCUCGGCGCUCGCCCCUGCAACCCCACCCAGUGGAUGGUGAGUCAGGACGUGAGGAGCGAAGGCCACCGAGUGGUGACCCUCCACUGUCGCAGGAAGGAGUCCAGCUACGACCAGCCAAGGUUUGAGAUGGAGGUUCAGAGGGUGCUCCAGGUGGAUCUAAAAAUGGAAAGCUUCCCAGAACUGCUGGGGAGCCGAUGGAUGGCCUGGCAGGUCGAGUACCCCGCCAGUCGCACCACCACACAAGAGGCGGAGACUGAAAUUCAACUGGCACAAGAGGAUCUGGUGGGCAUUGUGCCUCUGGCCAUGGACUCGGAGAUUCUGAACACGGCCGUGCUAACAGGGAAGACAGUGGCCGUCCCAGUCAAAGUGGUGACAAUUGGAAUCGACGGCUCCACUACUGACGUCUCCGAAGCAGUGAAGUGCCGCUCCACGGAUGAGGACGUGGUCAAGGUGUCAGAAAGGUGCGACUACGUCUUCGUGAAUGGGAAAGAGAUGAAGGGCAAAGUGAAGAUGAUGCUGAACUUUACUUACGGGUACCUGAGCGCGCAACUGCAGCUCAACGUGUGGAUCCCGCGACUGCCUCUCCAGAUCGAAGUGUCCGACACUGAGCUGAGCCAGAUUAAAGGAUGGAAGGUUCCUAUCACGGCCAACAGUCAGAGGUCGGCACGGAACAGCGAGGAUGAGGAUGAUGAAGACAGGCGAGGAAGAACCUGCGCCCUGCAGUACCAGCACGCCACGGUCCGGGUGUUGACUCACUUUAUCGCCGAGUCGGCCAACUCCAGAAGCCAGACCAGCUACAUGCUCGGCACUGACUGGCAGGUGGACAUCACGGAGUUGGUGUGGGAAUUUGUGAAGGUUGAAAACCAGCUGAUCGCUCAACUGCUGGACCGAUGGAUACUGGUGGGACGAGACACAGGCAUGACCACCAUUCAGGUGCUGUCCCCUCUCUCAGAUUCCAUCCUGGCGGAGAAGACUGUCACUGUGGUGGAGGAGAAAGUCACCAUCACUGAAUUGGGGGUCCAGCUUGUUACUGGAUUAUCUAUGAGCCUGCAGCUCAGCCCGGGAAGCAACAAAGCCAUCCUUGCCACCACAACCACACAGGAAGUCCUGCAGAGCCCCAAACAGGAGGCCUUGAUCAGCGCCUGGCUGCAGUUCAGUGACGGCUCCGUGGCGCCUCUGGACCUCUACAACCCAGACUUUUUUGUCCUGACAGCCACCUCCCUGGCCGAGGAGGUGGUGACGGUGCAUCGGGACCCCUCGUGGAAAUGGCCUGUCAUCGUGACGGAGGCGGAGGGACAAGGUCUUCUCAUCAGGGUGGAGAUGACCGUUUGCGAAAUCUGUCAGAAGCUUAAGCGUCGGAGUGUUCUGGCGGCGGGAAACUGCAACGUCAGGGUGAAGUUUGGCUACAGCGACAGUGCGAGAGGAGGGAGCAGUGAUUAUGUCACGGAUGGGGACGAGAUGGAGAACGGAGGGCGGCCCCAGUCUGGUUUCGACAACCGCUAUUUUGGUAGCUCCGUCUCCGACAUGGAGGACGGGGUGUUGAGGAGAGCCACCACGACGAGGAGCACAAUCAUGCGGCGACCUGGCGGAGAUAAACUUUCCGAUGACGGCAGCCAGAAUGCACCGAUUGAUUUCGCCGACUUUCCCGCCCAAGUGGAUCUUCCCCGCGGACGCAACCUGGACGACGACCUCGCUCAGACCUCACGAGGGCUCACAGACCUAGAGAUCGGGAUGUAUGCCUUGCUGGGGGUCUUCUGCCUGGCCAUCUUGGUGUUUCUCAUAAACUGCAUCUCCUACACUCUUAAGUACCGUCACAAGGAGCUGACCAUCGAGGGCCAGGAGAGCCUGAACCACGCGCAUGACUGGGUGUGGCUCGGCAAUGAAGCCGAGCUGCUGGAGAGCCAAAUCAGUUUGUCGCCGCAGCAGGAGGAGCACACCUCAAUGAUCGACUCGAGCAGCGGACUGGAGGAAGGCAGCCACUUGCUGAACGGAGGAUCCGGACAGAAAAACGUCCAGACUCAGGUGCACAGAGGGAUGGACAGCUCCUGCUUGGUGAAGGACAGCAAGGGGGACUCGCCAACCACCAAGAGAAAACGUGUCAAGUUCACCACAUUCACCACGAUCCCUUCAGACUGUAGCUACCCCACCGUGAACACACUGACUGGGGGCCACACGCCGGACAUCCAGUGGGUUUGCCAGGACGUGGAACUGGAGGACUCCAAGGAGUUGCGCAAUUAUAUGGAGCGAUUGAACGACAGCGCUUUAAAAGAGAUGGCAUAAUAUUUUGUGUAUCAAACUCACCUGUUUGCCUUUUAUAUAUAUAUAUAUAUCAGUCUGAAAUAGAACAUGACCUUUCGAGAAACUCCAUUUAAGAUGAUGCCAAACUGCCAAAGGGUCGUAUCCGAAUCAUGGACCAUCACCCUGACUGGCAAGGUGACUCACUUCGUGAAAACAACUACCAAGGAUGUCUGGAGGCACCUCUUUGUUUAAAGUGUUUAUCAGAUCAUUUGUAUCAACCUUUUAUUAUGACGAAGAAAACAGGGUUAAAACACAAUCGAGUUACGGACGUGUAACUGAAGCAACUCUGAUGACGACUUUAAAAGAUGAAACGGUAGAUGUUCCUGAUAUGUGUGCUCAUUAAAUGUUUGUUU